UCCGCCUUCCGGGGCGGACCAAAUUCAUCUCGUUUCGACAUCUUUUGGCCUUAAAAUUAGAGCUACGAUGAUUUUUGGAAGAUACACCGUCGAAUAUGAGUGAGAGUGACCUAAUUAUCAGACGGGCUAUCCAACAUCUCUUCUGGACAAUAUUUACAAAAGAAUCCAUCUUGACGGAGAACACAGACGACUUCAUUAUCGGCGACCGAGUGUGGGUGAAUGGAACGAAACCAGGAUACAUCCAGUACCUGGGAGAGACCCGGUUCAGUCAGGGAGACUGGGCUGGAGUGGUUCUGGAUGACAACAGCGGCAAGAACGACGGCUCAGUAGCCGGAGUCCGGUACUUCCAGUGUGAACCCAAGCGAGGUGUCUUUGCCAGACUUUACAAGUUGACUCGCUACCCUCUUGUCCACGCCAUGACGACGACUGCAGAAAGAAGCAAGCUGAACACCCCUCCUCCUCCCAUCCAGCGUUGCCUGACGCCGACCCGGACUCCCAGUCCGGGAAGCAGGUUGCUCAGGGAGGGCGACAGAGUGAUGGUGAUCAGUUCUGCUGGGGCACAGCCCAAGACGGGCGUGUUGAGAUAUAUUGGACAGACGGAGUUUGCCGCUGGCGAAUGGGCGGGAAUAGAAUUGGAUGACCCCUUGGGGAAGAAUGAUGGAACAGUUGCUGGAAGGAGGUACUUCCGGUGUCCUGCAAACUACGGGCUUUUCUCCCCUGCUCACAAAGUGUCCAGGAUCACAGGAAGUUUAGACAGGCACAGAACUCACAAUGCGGAUUUGGAAAGAGAAAGUCCUAGACCCACCUCGGCACUAAGCUCGCAGAAUGAUCGACAAAGUUAUACGGAAGAAAGCGAAAAACGAGCCCAGCGUCUGCGCCAGUUAUUGGAGACUGCAGAAUCAGAAAGACGAGACUUAGCCACUAAACUCGAAGAAGAAAGGAAGAAGGUUGAAGAACUGGAGUUUCGCAUAGAAGAAGAAUGUAUCGACAAAGAUGCUUUAGAAGCAGAUAAACAAAAAGAGCGCCAGAAAAUUGAAGAUCUGGAAAGAAGACUGGAGCAGGAAAUUCGAAAAAAUGAUUUGAUUUCACGCGGAACAACUCCGGACAGUAUAUUAAAAGAAGAAAUGAAACGAUUGAAUGAAGAAAUCGAUUCUUUAAAAACGAAGCUUCGCCAAUCGGAAGAAAAAGUCAAAGAAGUGCAAAAAAUGAAACAGAAACAACCUUCCGUGCAUGUUCCUACCCCUCGUUCCGAUGAGGCUACACGCCAGGAGGAAGAUUUGCUGCACCUACAAUUGAUCCUCGAUAACAAGAAACGAGAAGUGCAGAAUUUGCUGCAAAGGAUAUCUGAACUGGAAAAAGAGUUGGAAAAGAGUAAAUCUCGGCAAAAUCGUCAACUAGACACAAUAGACGAUUUAAAUGUAAGACUCCAAAAGUUAGAAUCGAAAAGGACAAGUUUAGAAGAGGAAUUACAUACUACCAAAGAAAAAGUAGAAGAAUUAGAAAGGAGACUUCAUUCUUCCUCAGAACGAAUAGAACAUUUGGAAAACGAAAAACACCGCCUCGAAGAACAGCUUCUGUCGCCUGAACAGACCCCAGAAACGCAAGCGAUUUUGGCUAGACUCCAAGACAGAGAAAGAGAGGUCACAGAGUGGCGGCGGGAAGCAGAGAUUGCCAGAAAGGAGGCGGACAGACUCCAGGAGGAUAGAGAGAGGACGAGGAAAGAGUUAGAAGACAGACUUCAGUUACUAAAAGAAGAACAUAGAGAAGAAAUGAGGGCGGAGAAGAAAAAAGCACAGGAUUUUUCGGAAGCAAGUCAAUCUAAAAUCCGAAGUUUGGAGCGAGAGCGGAGCGAGCUGCGUGCCGAGCUGGAAUCGGCCCGCGCUGAAGCAGACGCUCGGCUCUCCCGGCAGGAGGCGCGGCUGCAGGAGGCAGAACUGAAAACGGGAAAUGUGGACCGUCUUCGGGAUCAGAUCGGCCGCCUACAGUCAGAAAGAGAUCUCCUCAGCGUGGAGAAAGAAGAGACGGCGAAGCGACUCCAGAUCUCUGAGGAUGCCCGCACACGUUGGGAGAGGGAGGCUGCCAGGGCCUCUGACGAAGUGAACCUCCUCAAGUCACAGGUGCAUCACUUGAGAACAGAGUUCGCGAACCACAGAGAAGACCUCGUCAAAAAACUCGCAGAAACGGAGUUCGAUGCUAGACUCGUUCAAGACCUGCACGCACAAAUAGAAGAUCAAAGACACAUUGUAGAAAUGAUGCAACAGAAGUUAAAAUGGACAGAAGUGGAACGGGACCAAUUGCAAACUGUUUUAUCAACAAGAGAAAACGAACAAGUUCAAGUGGAGAAUGAACUCCGACAAGAAAUGGAGAAUCUCAAGAGGAGGUUGAGAGAAUCAGAAGCAGAAAGAGAUUCGGCGAAAAGAAGCCUAGAAGCAACUCAACUUUUACUCGAAGAGAGACAGGCUGCACAAAACCAGCAACAGAUUCAGAGCUUAGAAAUGAUGAGGGAAGAAAAGGAUCAGUUGGACAAGAAACUAAAAGAGAUGCAAGCCGAUUUGACAACUCUGCAAAAAGAACUUUCACAACCAGACCAAGAAUUAGAAAGACUCAAGCGUGAAAAAGAGGCUUUGGAGCAACAGGUGAACUUCAUGAACAGUGUGAUUGUUGACAUGCAGCAGAAAAACGAUGAUCUCCGAUCCAGAUUAGAGAUUCUUGAGACGGAGGUCAUCUUCGAUGGACAUCUUCAGCUCGGUCUGCCGCGGCAAUCAACCUCUCGUCUAUUCUGCGAUAUCUGUGAUGUUUUUGAUAUCCACGACACGGAGGACUGUCCUAAACAACGAAAUUCCGUCCGAAGGACCCCCUCUUAUUCCUCUCAAGAGAGCGAAUUUUGAAACCAGAAACUGUAGGCGAAAGUGCCAUCAUCUGGAGCAAAUCUGGGGGGAAGGGAUGAGAGAGACCCUACCCAUGUUUUUUUUAGAUGGAAUAACUUUUUUUUGAACAAACAGAAAAGAAAUUAUUUUUUUCAUUGACAAAAUGAAAAAAAAAAUCUU